CACGUCACGUGUAAAGUCACGGAAAGUGCCGCGAGAAAGAGACGAGGCGGUUGAGUUCAAAUUUUACGAAGAAAAAAGACAAGCAGCGAAUGGAGGGAAAUUAAGUUUAGAUAUAGUGUUCCUCGCUUGUAUUUUUUUUAAGCUUUUGUGAGCUGUAUCACUCAGAUCAACUGAAGAUGGAGCAGCUGAAUUUAGGCAAUGAGGCGGUAAAAUCCUCAAAAAGAAGACUGUCUUCGAUUUUAAAAGCUACUCGAACAUCUAUGAAAAUACAUGGAGCUGAGCAAGAAGAACAAAAGGAGGAAAUUGUCAAGCCUGUUGAGAAGAAAAGGAAUUCACGAAGAGUGAGUUUUGCCACAACAAAUAAUGUUCGAGUCUUUACCAAUGAUGCAAAGAGUGAAUCUCCUGUUCUAGCAUCUAUUCAAAACACACAAGUUGGAGGAGACAGACCAAAUGAAAAGAUUCUGUGUUUUGUGGAUGAGGGAAGUCACCAAAUCAAAGGCCUAGAUACAUUGUUGAACACUCCUCUUUAUCUGUCCCAGCAUAAGGAGAAUUUUUUCUCUGAUCCAGUCUUGCAAGAUGACUGUGUGGAUAGAACAAUGCUGCUCGGAGACGAUACUGGAUGCAUGGAUAUUACUCAGAGUCACACAAUUACAAUUGAUAAGGAUUAUGAAUUUGAAGAAGAAACAAACCCAAGUCAGAAGGGUUUGCCACAUGAAGCAAAAGCAGAGAGGAAAAAUGCUGCCAAUGACUCAGACUUCAGUGCUUUUCUUGCCAGUAUGAGCUUACCCACUGUAAAUACCAUUAAGCCCCACUCUUCAGAAAAUCAGCUUGGUAAUAUCUUCUGUUCAGCCAAUACAAGCACAUCAGAUGUUGAUAAAGAGAAUCACUUGCCAGUUAAGCAACAUCCAGGUGGCAAGGGAAACCCGCAACAACCUCGAGGACUUCAGCGAAGGCGUUCUCGUAUUGGAAUUGUUGAAGAAAAUGGUAUAGAGACAACCAAGAGUCACACUGUUGUAACUGAAAACAUAGGUAAUGCUGAGCUGUUCACACCCUCUGUUUCUGUAAAUCAAAGAGGUGUUUCAUUCAUGACAUCUGCCUUUUCGAACAUCCCAGAUGACAUGGAGCUCACUUUGAGCCAGACUGCUGCAAUCAAUGUUAAAGUUACAGGAAAUAUCAUUUGUGAUGUCCAGGCUCCUCUGGAGCACAAUAGAUCCCAUAAUUUCUCUGAGGACAGUGAUACAAUGGAAGUGACAAGGGCAUUCAAUGUUUCUGUUCGUGAAAAAGACUACACAAUGAGCAUGAAGGAGCAAGCUCAGUCUUCAGUUCCCACAGUAAGAAGGAUGUCCUCCUUUAAUAUGAUUGGAAAUGCAGAGACAGCAGAUCAUAAUAAAGCUGGUCAUUUACAGACCAAUUUCUCAAUAGCCCAGACAACUAAUUCCGAUGAUAUGGAAAUGACGGGAACAUUUGAUGUAUCUGUUAGAGAAAAAGACACAACAAGUGAGCCAGCUCAUCCUCCAGGUGCCAAAGUAAGCAAGAUGUCUACUUUUGAUUCUUUUGAAAAUGUAGAUAUGGUGGAUCGAAACAAAUCUACGAACAACUUUAUAGCUCCAACUGCUACUACUGACGAUAUGGAGAUGACACAGUGCCAUACUAUUGUUCUCAAUGACAAACAGACAAGUGAAAACCAGCAAUUCAGCAACACAAGGAAUAGUUUGCCUCUUGUACCUUUAUCCAGAUCUAUUCGAGAAGAUCAGCAUACAGGCAAUAUGAAGAAGGACGUCCCGCAUCCAGUUCCCAGAGUAAGCAAGAUGCCCUGCUUUGAUUUAGUUGGAGGAGGAUUGAUAAUGAAUCCCAUCAAAUCAGACCACCUCCCAAUAGCCCAAAUUGCAAAUUCUGAUGAGAUGGAGAUAACACAGUGUCAAACAAUUUUUCUUGAGGCCGAGCAGGUCAAUGGAGACAAGCCAUUCAGCAACACAAGGAAUAGUUUGCCCCUUGUGCCUUUAUCCAGAUCUGUUCGAGAAGAUCGGCAUACAGGCAAUAUCAAGAACGAAGCUCUGCAUCCAGUUUCCAGAGUAAAUAAGAUGCCCUGCUUUGAUUUAGUUGGAGAAGAAUUGAUAAUGAAUCCCAUCAAAUCAGACCACCUCUCAAUAACCCAAACUGCAAAUUCAGAUGAGAUGGAGAUGACACAGUGUCAAACUAUUUUUCUCGAUGCCAAGCAGGUCAAUGGAGACAAACCUUUAAACAACUCAAGAAAGAAUUGGCCUGGUACAUCGGUAUCUGGACCUGAUUGCAGUGAUGGAAUGGACAUGACUCAAGCAUUCACAGGGCGUAUAAUCCAUAAUGCUUUUCCAGCCUCCAAGAAGAAAAGAGGUCAAAGCAUUCUGAUGCCUGCUACAACUACAUUAGCUCAACAUAAUGAUAGUGACUGUAUAGACUUCACAUGCCAAACAAAUACUUAUGAUAGUAUUUCAACCCCAAGUCCUGAUGAAAUGGAAUUGACCGGUUGCACCACUAUUAAUAUUGAUUCGAACCGUACCUGGCUAGGGAGUGCUGUGGACCUCACUGGUGCAAGAAGAGCAACAUUCUCUGCUAAUCAAACAAUCACUAUGGUUGAACCUAUGGAGAUGACUGAGGUACCCAUGGCACCAGUUAGUGAGCAAAAAUAUAAAGCUUUUAUGUCUCAAAGAAAGUCAGGAGUAAGAAUGAUGCCCUUGGUGUGUGAUCCUGAAAAUACUGAAGCUGAUAAGCGUCAGACUGAUUUCUCCAACCAUGAUGACAUGGACAUGACACAAUGCCAGACUGUUGUGCUUGAGGCUGAAAACUGCAAGAAGGCCAAACUAUUCAGUAAUUCCAGGAAGAGUCUGAACCUUGUAUCUACAUCCUUCAGUCCUGAUGUUGACAGUAUGGAGAUAACCCAGGCACUCACUGGCAAUAUCGUGUUAAAAAGCUUUGCAUCCAGAGAGGAAAGUAAGCAUGAGAGAAAUCUGUUGCCUGUAGCACAAAGUUGUCAAAUACAGGAUGAGUCUGACUGCAUGGAAAUGACAUGUCAAGCCAGUGCAUCAAAUCUAGCUAUUCCCUGUGUUGAUGAUGAAAUGGAACUAACAGGAUGCAACACGAUUGCAAUUGACUCAAAAAACACAUUGGCAGCAAGUGCUACAGAGAUCAAAGUGCAUGACAGUGCACUUUGGGCGUCAACAUCUGUUUCUAGAUCCGCCGUGUCAAGUGAAGAACAAAAUGUAGUGAGUGAACCUGCCAAGUGUGCUAUUAACCACGUCUUCCCCUCAAAACACUUUUUUGAUCUUAAUGGCAAAAACAUUAAAUGCAACAACACAGAGACAAUAUCCUGUGGCCCAGCCAUCAUGCAAUUGGAAAAAAAUUGCAAAAUGGCACAUCCAAGCAAUGUGUUGACUGAUGAAGACAGUGAUAUGCAAGUUACAAAGGUCCUUACAAUGCCCAUUGAAAUUGAGCAGAGUGUUUCUUUUAAUGAAGAAGCACAGAUAAAGACUUUUUGUGGCUCUGGAAAAGAAGAGGGUCAAGCACCUUGGCCUAACAAGGAACAAAGUACAGGUUCAGUCCAACUUGAAGGUUCCUCCUCAAAUGAGUCUGCAGUUGAUUCCUUCAUUAUAGAAGAGCAGCAACAUGCAAAAGCAAGACGAAGAAGUUUAGCUGACUUUCAAACGGAGCUUCGCAACAUGUCAAGGCGUAUCCAGGAAGAGCAAAAUGUGAUAACAGGAAGCACAACUGCACCUCUGCCUUCAUGUUGCCUCCCUGAGAAUUCCCUUAAAGAGCAGUGUGAAAUUUCCAAAGAGCUAACUUCAAAUGCCACACCUAAAGUCAAGCAAAUAAAUAAAUCUGUUCAUGAGAAGACCACACCUUUUAGUCUCAAAAAGACGGCAUUUUCAUCAAGGUUGUCUUUGUGUGGUAUUGUACCAAAACUACCGAAACGAGCUACAACUGCAACUCCUAACAAAACUGUGACCAUAAGUAGUUAUGAUUUACAGUCUCUUCAACUAGAGAAACAUUUUGAUGUUGCUGUAAAAAAUGGCAACUGCGAAACAGUCAAUAUUAAUGAUGAAGAGUUCCCUGAAAUGAGCAGCGAAGAAGACUUGUCCAAGAGUCUUGAAAAUUGGCCAAAUAACAAGGAAGAUGAACUGGAUGGUUCUUUGGUUGUACCCAAGUAUGAAGAGCCUUUGGAGAAUGAGGUGUUUGAAACAGACACAAGCGCUAGUCCUUGUUUUAAAAGGCCACAUUCAGAGGAAGACUCUAUUACAGCAGAACAAACCAAGAAAGUCUGUGUUUCUGACAUGGGGCCUGACUGUCAUGAAGCUGCCGUACAGUGGGAAGGUAAUUUUACAAGGCAUGCUGCUCAGAAUCCCAGGGCAAAGACAAUUGAAGAUACAGGAGUGUCUGAAUCCACUCUCAAAUACUCACAGUUUGACUGCCAUAUGGAUGGGACGCUGAAUCAAGUAUUUGAUUUCAACAAGAAACUUGAGGACGGAAGCAUCACAGUCAAUGAAUUCUUAAGCCACUUUGGCAUCAACUUUGUUAUCCACAGAUCUAGACCAAGUGCUCUUCCUGACAGUUGUAGAGCUGGAGAGACACGUACCAUGGAGGAUUUGCUCAAAGAGAAAUACAUAUACCACCCCAAGCAGAGAGCAUAUGAGCAAGACUGUAAGAAUCUCACAGAGAUGGUAGAAAGACUUAAAGAACAGAUGCCUGAACAAGAGAAAUCCCUGGGAUGCAUUAAUGGAGCCCUUCAGCAAGAGUUAUGUACUCUCUCUGAAGAGCAAUUAAAAAGCUUUGGCUCCAAGUUGAAAGAACGAAGAGUUUAUUUUGGAAAAAGAAGCAAAGCACUUUCUCAUGAAAUGAAAAGAGACAUUUACUCAGAGCUCAUCAAAACGACACAGGAUGCAAAACAGAGUCUGAUAUCUAAAAUCAAAGAGACGAAUGAAAUGAUUGAAGACUUGGAUGGAUGCAUUAAUGAUUUAGAAACUGAACUUGCAUCUGUAGAGGCCAUGAUUAUGGGAGAUCAUCUUGACGCUCCUCAGACCAGACCAGCCUUAAAAGCUAAGGAAGAGGAUUUGCAGAGACUUAACUCAGUUGUCACAGAAAAGGAGAGGGAAAUUGGUGAGUUGGAUAUUCAGCUAAGGUCUUUGGAGAGCCAACAGGAGAAGCUGCAAGGGGAAUCCAGUAGCCUUAAGAAUCAUCUUGCAACCUUGAACAGUUUGAACGAGUGGCGUCUUGAUGCGACAGAUGAAAAGGGGGCUUUGUUUACCUUCCUUCACAAAACUGUACAUCUGCAGGUGAACCUGCUAACACCUGCUGGAAAGGAAUGGAUGACUGAGGAUGUGGAGCGAAAUAUAGAUGUAAGCUUCCAGUUGCACCUGGAUGUGGAAAAGUCUGAGUCUCAUGCAAGCAUGGUCCACAAGUUACUUUCACUACACUAUCAUUUUCAAACUCAAUGGACAAAGAGGUACCCAACAACCCAACAUAUACCAGAGCUGCUUCAUGACAUUAGUUUGGUGGUGGGCCGUCUCAGGCUCUUGGGCGAGGAGAUUCAUCGGCUGAAGAAGUGGGGACUGAAGCUCCGCAUCUUGAAGAUCAGCUGUUCAGACACACAAGUUCAUGUCAUCUUCUCAAGUCUGAAAGCGUUUGAAAAGUUUGAGUUAAGUCUGAUGGUCACACCAGACUAUCCCUUUGGGCCACUUCACAUACAGGACUUCAAAAGUUAUGUUGGGGAUACAAGGUUGAGUCAAAUCGAAGACAUCAUAUCAUCAGUCAAACCAGCCAAGAACUAUCUGACAAAAGUCCUUAAGAACAUUCAUGAUGACCUCCUGUGCUAAGAUCCCAGGCCUCAUUGUUUAAUCUGUUCUUUACUGUCUUUUGUUUGUGUAUAUAUUGAUGUUUUUACAUAAUCAAAUAAAUAAUUGAAGAUGUAGCCAAAAACAA